GGAGCGCGCCGGUCGCGCGGAAGCCGCUGACCCCGAGCGAACGCGUCGUCGCGCAGCACGGCGGCGGCGCCGUCGGCGUCCUCACCGCGGAAACCGCGGAGCGGAAAGAGACGACCGCGCGGACGCUGAAGAAUGCGCCGGCGCGCGUGCUCGCGAACAAAGCCGGGUUCUCGCACAGCGUCGUGGGGACGCGCGACGGGGACGGGAGGCUCGUGAGCGCGAGGGUGUUCGCCGCGCGGACGCCGACGGCGCUCGAGCGCGUGGCGACGGCGCGCGAGAGAAACGUUGGGGGAACGAUGGUGGGCGCGUUGUCAAGCGCCGCGAGCUCGAGGGCGUCGAGCCGUCCGUCGAGCGCGGCGUCGGCGAGCAGGGGGACGUCGUCGUCGUCGUCCGCGUUUCUCUCGGCGUCGAGAGCGCGGGCGCCGACGUCCGAGAACGUCACGGACGAUUGGGUCGGCGAAGGCCGAGGCCGCGCCGGCGCCGGGCGAGUCGUCGCGGGCGUCGCGACGAUCGACGACUCGGCGGACGUCAAGCCGCUCAAACCGGACGAGGACGCGGACGAGGUUCGACCGGUGAAGAUCUCCGUGUCUAGGUACGGAAGCAAGCCCGCGAGCUUCUACCCGAAGGGCGUCUUGAUCGAGGCGAACGCGCCGACGACGAUCGAGUCGCGCGCGUCGCCGCCGAAGCGUUUUUUACCUUUGGAGGGCGACGCGCGCGGCCCGCGGCAGUCGACGCGAGCGAAGCAGCAGGAGAUCGCGAACGCGACGGCGAGGCUCCGGGAGGAGAACGCGACGCCCCUAGGCUCGAUCGAGGCGACGGCGUUCGACCGCGGCUGCGAGGGGGUGGGCGGGUCCCUGAAAGGGUCGCUCAGAGGGUCGCUGCGGGGGUCGCCGACGUCGAGCCCGCGCGCGGACAAGCGGAACGUCACGUGGGGUUGACGCGUUCGUUGACGAGUUCUCGUCUCCGAGUCGGGGCAUCUACUAGUCUAAAAUACGUCUAUGAAGGUCUCUAACUAAAGUAGUCUACUC